AUGGCCCUGGGCCAGGCGGUGGCUGGGCUGCUGCUGCUGGCGGCCGCCGGCCUCGGAGGCGCGGCGAAGGGGCCCGAGCUCGCCUUCAGCGAGGAUGUGCUGGGUGUGUUCGGCGCGAAUCGGAGCCUGUCGGCGGCGCAGCUCGGGUGCCUGCUGGAGCAGCUGGGAGCCGCCCCCCGAGAGGGCGCCCCGGAACUCGGCCAACUGCACUUCAACCAGUGCUUAUCUGCUGAAGAGAUCUUUUCCCUUCAUGGCUUUUCAAAUGCUACCCAAAUAACCAGCUCAAACUUCUCUGUGAUCUGUCCAGCAAUCUUACAGCAAUUGAACUUUCACCCUUGUGAGGAUCAGUCCAAACCCAAAACAAAACCAAGUCUUUCAGAAGUUUGGGGAUAUGGAUUCCUGUCAGUGACAAUUAUUAAUCUGGCAUCUCUACUUGGACUGAUUUUGACUCCGUUGAUAAACAAAUCUUAUUUCCCAAAGAUUUUGACCUAUUUUGUGGGGCUGGCUAUUGGGACUCUUUUUUCAAAUGCAAUUUUCCAACUUAUUCCAGAGGCAUUUGGAUUUGAUCCCAAAGUCGACAACUAUAUUGAGAAGGCAGUUGCUGUGUUUGGUGGAUUUUACUUAUUUUUCUUUUUUGAAAGAAUGCUUAAGAUGUUAUUAAAGACAUAUGGUCAGAAUGAUCAUACCCACUUUGGAAAUGGUGACUUUGGUUCUCAAGAAAAAACUCAUCAACCUAAAGCAUUACCUGCCAUCAAUGGUGUGACAUGCUAUGCCAAUCCUGCUGUCACAGAGCCUAAUGGACACAUCCAUUUUGAUAAUGUCACUGUAGUAUCUCUACAGGAUGGAAAAAGGGACUCAAGUUCAUGUACCUGUUUGAAGGGGCCCAAACUGUCAGAAAUAGGGACAAUUGCCUGGAUGAUAACUGUCAGCCAUGCCCUCCACAAUUUCAUCGAUGGCCUAGCAAUUGGGGCUUCCUGCACCUUGUCUCUUCUUCAGGAACUCAGUACUUCUGUAGCAAUCCUGUGUGAGGAGUUUCCUCAUGAGUUAGGAGAUUUUGUGAUCCUACUGAAUGCAGGGAUGAGCACUCAACAAGCCUUGCUAUUCAACUUCCUUUCUGCGUGUUCCUGCUAUAUUGGGCUAGCUUUUGGCAUUUUGGUGGGCAACAGUUUUGCUCCAAAUAUUAUAUUUGCACUUGCUGGAGGCAUGUUUCUCUAUAUUUCUCUGGCAGAUGUGUUUCCAGAGAUGAAUGAUAUGUUGAGAGAAAAGGUAACUGGAAGAAAAACCGAUUUCACCUUCUUCAUGAUUCAGAACGCUGGAAUGCUAACUGGGUUCACAGCCAUUCUGCUCAUUACCUUGUAUGCAGGAGAAAUUGAAUUGGGGUGACAGGAAAUGGAAGAUGGUGCUGUUAAUGAAGGCAUUUAAUAAAUAAAAACAUCUCCAAAGGGAUUUUAAAGCCGAUCUUAUUUAGUUAAAAGAUAAUUUUGUUUUCAACUGUAGGUCAGGAAAACUAAUUAUUGAUUUCAGAUUUGUGAAAUAGGCCAUUAUUUGUUGUUAAAAAUAUUUUUGGUUUCAGUCUGAAAUGCCUGGUAUAGGGUGUCUUUGGUGUGAAUACCCAUUUUUCAAUGUUUCAUGCAUAUUAGAAAAUCAUCACAAAGCAAAAG